AGGAACAACUUAUUUGAAUAGUCAGUCAGUAUGAAAUCAGAGGAACCGAGCACCACAAUGAAGAAGGCAUUUGAGGGGAUAGGAAAAUCCCCUCACGUCCUCCAGGCUGGGAGUAUUGAGGAAUUCCUACAAAAGAGACAAGAUCCAGUGGAUCAGCAGGCAAGGGAGGGAUCCCUUUCCCUCACACACUGGGAAGCCCAGUGGAAGGAGUUCCUCAGGACAUUGGAGAACCCUCACACUCCAUGGGGAAUCCCUCCCUUGCCAGAGAAACCUUCCCCUUGGGAGGAUGCCAAAGCCUUUCUGGCCUCCUUUGAGCAGGUGGCCGAAGCCUGUCAGUGGCCCCAAGAAGAGUGGGUGACCAGACUUCUGCCAGCCCUCAGUGGAGAAGCUGAGCAGGCCUUCAACAGGUUGCAUGUCAGAGACAGAGAGGAUUAUGGGAAGGUGAAGGCAGCCAUCUUGCAAGGAGAUGCCCUGAGUCGGGAGAAGCAGCGUCAACAGUUCAGGUGUUUCUGUUACCAGGAGGCUGAAGGGCCACGGGGAGCUUACAGUCGACUGCGGAAAAUGUGUCAUGGGUGGCUGAGAGUGGAGGAUCACAGCAAGGAGCAGAUCCUGGAGCUCUUGAUCCUGGAACAACUGCUGAGCAUCCUACCCCCAGAGAUCCAGAGCCUGGUGAGGGAAAACAGCCCUCAGAGCUGCUCCCAGGUGGUAGCCCUGGCUGAGGAGUUCCUUUUGAGGCAGGAGAAACAGGUGCCCUUGGAGAACGCAGCUGGGAAUGUCUGUGAGGCAGUCCAGGCUUUGUCUGAGGGUGAGCAGAUACAGCUCUUGAUGGGCAUCAAGGAAGAGGAGGAUGGAGAGCCCAGCCCACUGGAUGGGCAGGAGAACAAAAGUGACGGGGUAAUCCAGGCAUCAUUGUCAGGAAAAUACAAGAACGGAGGUUUAAAAGGAAGCUUUGGGAAUCCAAAUGGACGAAAGGGUCAGGAAGAAAGAUGCUUGCUGGAGAAGGGGGAUAACCCCAUUCCUUACCAGGCAGGGGGCUUUCAGGAAUUCCAAGGCCAGCAAGAAAAACCACCGCAAAAGAGGAAGAACCUUAGCACACAGCUGAGAAUCCAUACCAGGGAAAACCCAAAAGAGAGCAUGGAGUUUGGGAAGAGCUUCAGUCAGAGCACAAACUUUAUUUCACAUCAGCAGAUUUACCCAGGCAGGAAACCAUACACUUGCACAGUGUGCGGAGAGAGCUUCAGUCGGAGAACGGCUCUUACUUCACAUCAAAGAAUUCACAUGAGGGAAGAGCCCUCGGAAAUUCCAGAGUGUGAAAACAGCUGCAGUGGGAGAUCACACCAACGACAGCAGCAGAUAAUCCACACAGGGGAGAAACUGUAUCAGUGUGUGGAGGCUGAAAAGACGUUCAGCGACUGCAUAAGCCUGACUGUGCAACAAAGAACACACGCAGAAGAGAAACGGUAUAAAUGCCCAGAGUGUGGAAAGAGAUUUCGGUGGGCAUCGCACCUUCGGCAGCAUCACAUAAUCCACACGGAGGAGAAACCGUAUAGAUGCUCAGAGUGCGGGAAGGCCUUCCGCCACCGCAUCAGCCUCACUGUGCAUCAAAGAACACACACGGGGGAGAGGCCUUACAAAUGUUCAGAGUGUGGAAAGACGUUUAGCCAGACCUCAUCCCUCCAGCAACAUCAGAGAACUCACACGGGCGAGAAACCCUAUGAGUGCUCCGAGUGCGAAAAGCGAUACAGCUGUCAGUCCCACCUUCAGCGGCAUCAGAAGAUCCACACAGGUGAGAAACCUUACAAGUGUUUGCUGUGCGGCAAGAAAUUCGGUUUAAGCUCCCAUCUUCGGCGCCACCACAAGAUCCACACAGGGGAGAAACCGUAUCAGUGCUCCGAGUGCGGAAAGAAGUACAUUCAAAUGUCAGACCUUCGGCAGCAUCAAAGAACCCAUGUGCUGCAAACCGCAUAGCUGCUCUGUUUCCAAAAACUGGCCAGCAGCUUCAGGAUGAUUGUGGGAGUUGCAGUGCCAAAAAUGAAGGGAAUUGUAACAUCCUGGCCUGGGUUGUCUCCGGAACAUCUUUCUACUGUUUGCAACAGAAGUGACAA